AUGGAUAUUUUCACAAUGCCUUCAUGGUUAUUUCUUUCAGCCAUCCUGAUAUUGUUCCUUUUCAACAUAUUUCUAUAUGCUUUAACAUCCAUUAAGUCAUCUAUGAAGCUUAACCUUCCCCCAAGCCCUUUGAAGCUUCCGAUAAUCGGAAACUUACACCAACUACUUAGCAAACAUCGUCAUCAAGCCUUAUGGCAACUCUCCCAUAAAUUCGGUCCCGUUAUGCUUCUUCAUUUCGGUGCCAAACCAUACAUCAUAAUAUCAUCGUCUGUCAUGGCCGAAGAAGUCCUCAAGACGAAAGAUCUCUUGUUUUGUACUCGGCCGUACUUCAAAUCCACUAAAACACUAACUUACAACUAUCUGGACAUUGCCUUUUCGCCAUACGAUAAUCAUUGUAAGGAGAUGCGGAAAGUAUUUGUAUCCGAAUUAUUGGGUCCUAAGAGAGCUGGAUUAUUUAAUAAUGUGACCGAGAUGGAGAUCGACGAUCUUGUUCGUUCUUUAUCCUUAAAUUCACCUGGUACCGCGAUCAACCUAGAGGAGAAGUUGUUAGCUCUUGUUUUUGGAAUUGUGUGUAAGAUUGCAUUUGGUAAGAGCUACAAAAAAGAGUCAUCUGGGGGUGUGGCAUUAAAAAAGAUGCUUGAAGAGGCUAAACAUAUGUUAGGUGGGUCCAUUGGUGAUCAUUUCCCAAUAAUUGGGCCAAUAGUCGACAAAUUAAGCGGAUGGAACCAUAGGUUGGAGAAGUGUUUCUCAAAUCUUGAUCGCUAUGCCCAAACGAUUCUUGAAGAACACCUUGAAACAGGGGAAUCGGAAAUAAAUGAACAUGAAAAAGACUUUGUCCAUGCAUUGAUCGACCUAUCAACAAACACGAACACCGGUGAAUCCCCCCUGACUAAAGACGACAUGAAAGCCCUUAUUAUGGAUGUACUUACAGGAGGAACGGACACGAUUGUUGGGACGAUGGUGUGGGCAAUGGCCGAGAUCGCUAGAAAUCCUAGAGUCAUGAACAAGCUACAAAAAGAGAUACGAAGUUGCAUUGGAAUGAAACAAAAGGUCCGCACAUCUGACAUUACCAAGAUGACAUACUUGAAAAUGGUUGUGAAGGAGACUCUAAGAUUGCACCCAACUGCACCAUUGUUGAUCCCACGAGAAUGCUUACAGCGUUGUAAACUUGGAGGUUACGACGUGUUGCCUGGAACGAGAGUCUUGGUCAACGCGUGGGGGAUAGGCCGAGAUCCUAUAACCUGGGGAGAUAACUCGUCCGAGUUCUAUCCAGAGAGAUUUAAUGUUAAUCUGGAAGGUGAUUUUAGAGGUAGUAAUUUUGAUAUGGUGCCCUUUGGAGGGGGGCGGAGAAGUUGCCCAGCGGUUAAUCAAGCUACUACAAUCACAGAGCUUACAAUAGCAAACCUUUUUUACUGGUUUGAUUGGGAAGUUCCUAAUGGACUGAGAAAUGAACAACUGGACAUGGAAGAAGAGGGUUCCCUUGUUGUAUUAAGAAGAAAUGGUCUGUCUCUUGUUCCAAGGAACCACAAUUGGCAACAAUAAUUUA